GAUACACGCUUCCAUAACUUUUUCGUCGGCUCUCUACUGUAAUUUAAAUUUUAACUUUAAAGAAGUUUGUUUUAAUAUUGAAUUUUAACUAGUUAUUUUAAAAAUUAGUUAUUGAUUACAAUCAUGAAAUUGAAUAUAUUAACUGGAUUUUUGUAUAUUUUACUUUUAAUAUCUUACAUUGACGGUCGUAAGAGUAGUAGUAGUAGUAGUAGACGUAGCGGAAGCAGUUCAGGCUCCCGAUACUCAACAAGGACAACAUCAAGACCGCGUCAACAAUCAGGUAAUUCAAGCCCAGGAACAUAUGGUUGGAACGUACCACCAAAACAAUCACAACCUAUAAACACAAAAGCAUCAGCACCAUCUGAAACUAUUUCCAAAAGUAGCGCUACCAACGUUCAAUCCAGCUGGAAACCAUCUGGUGGCUAUAACUCACAGACAGGAACACCAUAUGCAAAUUCAGGACAAUCAAACCGUCAGCAUAAUUUAAACCACGGUUAUAAUCCAUCUGUAGGUUCGAAUCAACACAAUCUCCACCAAAAUACCCACUAUAAUCCCAGUCAAAGUCAAAAUAAUCCUGGAAGCUACAAUGGAUACAAUUCACCCGGUUAUUAUCCAUCACCAGGCAUGAACAGUGGUUAUCACCCAUCACCAGGAAUGAAUAAUGGUUAUCACCCAUCAUACAAUCAGCCUCAUCAGCCAUACAAUCCGUACAAUCCAUCUUAUGGGCACUCAUAUACUCCAGGAACUGGAUAUAAUCCACCAGUUGGUCAUGCUCCUCAAACAAUAUUGGUCCAGUCAGCUGGACAGUCUUCCAGGCCCGGAAUCGGUCAAUUAGCCAAAGAAGCACUUGUUUUUGCUGGUGUAAGUGCUGGUGUCAAUGCUGUAGCUAAUCGAAUUAUUCCCGGAGGAAUUUAUGGUGGCCAUGGAUAUUCUAGUCAUCCUGCCACCGCUGGAAAUGCAGCUGUUCCACCUGUAACUCACACACAGAUCACCUAUAAUAAUUAUUACAACAAUGGGAGUAUUCCUGAAAAUCCAGUAGCACCAGCAGUAGCUCAAGCUCCCGUAGCGGCAGCUCCAGCUCAAGCUUCGGCAACACCACCUCCAAUAGUACCACUUGAAACUGAUUCAAAUCUUCGAAACAAUUCUGAUGUUCCAAACACAGAACCCGCUAUUGUAACGCCUAAAAAUGAGGAUGAAAUGUUCCCAAGUCCACUUGGUAGCAUAAUUACAAAAAAUGAUGUAGAAAAAUUAACUGAAGAUUUAUUUGAAAAGGAUACAAAUAAUGCAUUUAAAUUUAUCACGAUGAAUCUUCAAGGACAGAAGAUGGAUGACAGUACAAAAGAUGAUGCUAGUGAGCCACUAUUGACAGUUAAAGCUGAGGCUUACGAAAUACCGACGAUUAAAACUAUUAUUGCACUUCAUGAUAAUUAUGAUUUAGAUAUUAAAGUUAAAGAAGUAGUAACUUCAGAAGAAAGAAAAGAGGAAAGUGAUUUUAUCGAUGCAAUACUUGAAACAGAUGUAAUGAAGACAACGAUGAAAUUUUUAGCUGAGAAAGGAUAUGUACCAAAUGAUGAGUAUGAAUUUAAAGAUAUAUUAAAGAGAAUUUGGUUUUCACAAUUUAAAAGAAUUGAUGGAGAACCUGGUAGCUCGGGAUUUGAAACAGUAUUUUUGGCAGAAAAAUUCGAUGCAGAAAUUAUUGGAAUGCAUAAUUGGAUUUACUAUGCAAAACGUGAAGAAGAUAAGAAGUUAAAUUAUCUUGGAUAUAUUAAACAAACUCCACUUGGAGAUAAAGGAGCCAUCAUUAAAUUACGAUCCAGUCUCGAGGACACUGUCCAACCCAUUACAACGAUAUUCGUCGGCACGUCUCCGGAAUUAGAAAUUGCACUCUAUACAAUGUGUUUUUACACACGUCCUAAUUAUGCGUGCCCAAUAAAACUAGCUAAUCAAAAUUUUAUAAUUAUCGCAAAUCGAGUUAAUUACUUUGGUAAAGAUAUUUUGAUAUCCGCAUAUCCAGAAAUUUAAAUAUAAUAAUUAAUAAUUUAUAUACCGAAGAAUUCUCACUGAAAAAUCAAUACUUUA